AUGAGCACGGCAUCUGAAUUACAUGCCAAAUAUAAUGCCGCCGUCAAGCGUUUUAAAGACACCGAGAAAGCCGAAGCAGCUGCUGAGGAGGAAAGGGAUAAGAAACGGGCCUUAGCACGAAAAACACAGGAGGGCACCAAAGAGCAUUAUCUUACUUGGGCAAAAUAUUGGAACGCAGAGGUAGUUCUGCUUGAAAAGAUUGAACAAAAAUAUGCUGCUGAGUACGAGAAAGAUUCGUGCUACGUAGAUUGGAUGAAACACAAACACGGAGUUGACUCCACGGAAGCGCAAAUAGCCCAGCAUCGUGCAGAGUUGGCUCGCAAAAGGGAGUUUGUUUGUACUGAAGGUUCUCCAUUUUGGAUAAAAUGGUACAAGUUGCAUUACACAGCUCUGUGUGUGUAUUAUCAGCUGAGGGCAGAAGGUUAUGACAACAUUGCAGAUGAGCUGUGGCGGGCAAAUGAAGUGUAUUAUAAUCGUAUAAAAGAAGAACGCAAUGUUAAACCAUUUUCCGAAGCUUGGCAUGCGGCCCUCAGAAGUUUAAAUACAUGGCAAUCAUCACGUUAUCGUGAAGAAUGGGAUAAGGCAAAACAAUGGUGCGACUCCCAACUAGCCAAAUGGAAUGAGUUCAAACCCAAAGGAGAACCAUACGCGAAAGAACUGCAGGAUAAAAUAUGUGAAUGUGCGAAAAACUCUUUAAACACGUACGCUAUUGUCAAUGAUUUUGAGCCUGGUGUAUUGAAGGACGAACUAGGCCAGAAGGAUCAAGAGAUUGGCGGAUUGCAUGACAUACCAGGUAAACUAGAUGCGACAGUUGGAGAAAUGCGUACAUGGUUCAAAUCGUUGAUCCACAUGAACCAAGCAUCGAUCAAUUGGCAAUGUAAACAGCUUGAAGAAUUUGAAGCUUUUGCACGUACCACAGUAGAGCAAGAGUGGCAAAAUUGGUCGGAAAAGAUGACGUCAUCACAUAUAAAUUUGGUAAAUUGGAUCCAGGAAAGAAUUGCUGAGAUGACCGCAUUGGAAGAAGAGGAAGCUACCACUCGUAAUAAGUAUAACCAUGAAUUUAAUGAUUCGGUCCAAAACAUUGACAAUCGACGCUUUGCGCUUAAGGAAAUGUUGAGUGGGUGGAUACUUGAUUAG